CAACCCCACCACCGCACACAAAUAAUUAUUUAAUAAUUUUCGCUUCGCAUCGAAAAAACGUCUCUUCAAAUUUCAAUUUCAAUCACAAUUCCGUUUUAAACCGGAGCACCACUUUUUGUUUUCAAGUUUCCAUUGGAGAACGACAGAAAAAAAAAAAGAAAAAAGAAAAAAAAAACUUGUUUCUGAUCUUCCAGGAAAAAGCCAACGCCACCGACCUGGAAAUCAAAAUCACCCAAACACCUCCUCCUCUUACUACUUCUUCCUUAACUCUUUCGUUACGCGUCUGUGUUGCAAGUUUGCUGACCCGUCCCUCUGGUUCUCUAACUAACUCUUGAAUUUGAAUCAAAGACUCAUUUUUUCGCAAAACCCAGAGUUCAAAAUCUGUUUUUUUGCUCUGCCCGUUGGAAAGCAGUUUGCUUGGUGGUAAAUUGUAGGGUUUUUGAGUUUAUAACAUUGGGGAUGAGGAGGGCCAAAUUGGACAGAUUCGGCACCUUCUUCUCUCUAACCAGGCAAAGAUCGGUUCAGAUUCUGAUUGCUAUUGGUCUUCUGUACCUACUGUUAGUCACAGUGGAAAUCCCCUUUGUGUUGAGAACUGGGUUCAGUAUCAUCUCUCAGGACCCCUUGUCUCGACCCAGCAGGCUCCAGAGCAAGGAAGCCGUUGAAGAAAAAGACGCCCCAAGUCGACCUCUCGAACAAGUUUCACAAAACUCGUACCAGCCGACUCAGAGUCGACCCAGCGAGUCUAAUAUCGUCUCGGGUUUAGUAUUCGACCCGAAAACAUUCGAUUCCCAGCUUUAUAAGCCGGCCAAGGUUGCUUGGGAAGUGGGGAGGAAGUUCUGGGAAGAGUUGCAGGCUGGGAAGGUCCGAAUUGAGGCCAGAAAGGUCGAGAACAGAUCAGAAUCUUGCCGGCAUUCGAUUUCGUUAUCCGGGUCGGAGUUUUCGGCCCAGGGAAGGGUCAUGGUGCUGCCGUGUGGGCUAACAUUGGGCUCGCACAUAACGCUGGUGGGGAGGCCCAAGGCGGCGCACCAGGAGGCUCAGCCCAAUAUAGCGCUCGUGAAUGACGGAGAGUCGGUGAUGGUUUCCCAGUUUAAGGUGGAGUUGUUGGGGUUGAAGACUGUGGAGGGUGAGGAGCCACCAAGGCUUUUGCAUUUCAAUCCAAGGUUGAAAGGGGAUUGGAGUGGAAAGCCUGUAAUUGAACUCAACACUUGUUAUAGGAUGCAGUGGGGCUCGGCUCUUCGCUGCGAGGGCUGGAAAUCAAAGGCUGAUGAUGAAACUGUUGAUGGUCAGGUGAAGUGUGAGAAAUGGAUUCGUGAUGAUGACAGUCGCUCAGUGGAGUCCAAGGCAACAUGGUGGUUGAGCAGGCUGGUAGGCAGAACUAAAAAGGUGCCUGUUGACUGGCCAUACUCAUUUGCAGAGGAGAAAUUGUUUGUUUUAACCCUUAGCGCUGGUUUGGAAGGUUAUCAUAUUAAUGUCGAUGGGAGGCAUAUCGCCUCUUUUCCUUAUCAUAGUGGAUUUUCUCUUGAGGAUGCCACUGGGCUGUCUCUGAGUGGGGAUGUUGAUCUGCACUCUGUAUUUGCCGCGUCUUUGCCCUCAUCCCAUCCUAGUUUUGCUCCACAGAAGCAUCUUGAGAUGUCAACCAGAUGGCGUGCCCCACCUCUUUCUGAGAGGGGUGUUGAACUUUUCAUUGGUAUCCUUUCUGCAGGCAACCAUUUUGCUGAGAGGAUGGCAGUAAGGAAGUCUUGGAUGCGGCACAGUCUUGUCGAAUCAUCAACAGUAGUAGCUCGUUUCUUUGUAGCACUGCAUGCUAAAGGGGAGGUGAAUAUCGAGCUAAAGAAAGAAGCAGAGUUUUUUGGUGAUAUUGUUAUAGUGCCUUACAUGGAUAACUAUGACUUGGUCGUCUUGAAAACUGUUGCCAUCUGCGAAUAUGGGGUUCGUACAAUGUCUGCUAAGUACAUUAUGAAGUGUGAUGAUGACACAUUUGUUAGGGUGGAUGCCGUUAUCAAAGAAGCACAUAAAGUACCAGAGGGUAGGAGCUUGUAUGUAGGGAACAUAAAUUACUACCACAAGCCUCUACGCUAUGGAAAAUGGGCUGUGACAUAUGAGGAGUGGCCAGAAGAAGACUAUCCACCUUAUGCAAAUGGACCAGGUUACAUUUUGUCAUCAGACAUUGCAAAAUUCAUAGUAUCCGAGUUUGAGAGACGUAAAUUAAGGUUGUUUAAGAUGGAAGAUGUAAGCAUGGGAAUGUGGGUUGAGAAAUUCAACACUUCAAGACCAGUAGAGUACAUGCACAGCUUGAAGUUCUGCCAGUUCGGGUGCAUAGAAGAUUAUUAUACAGCCCAUUACCAGUCUCCGAGACAGAUGAUCUGCAUGUGGGACAAAUUGAAACGGCUGGGACGGCCUCAGUGUUGCAGCAUGAGAUAGUAGUUCUGGUAUUCAUGACCCCCAUCUUGAGAAUCUAGGAAAGAACAUGGAAGUUUUGCAGUCAUAGCACCAUCAUAUUGUAUAGUCUGUGGAGGACAAGUUAGAUGAUUGAUUAUAUGAUCUGGUCCCUGUACAAAAAAAUUGCCUUCCAUAUAUUCUUUUAUUGUUCCUGCUCUUUCUUUAUUUCUUUGUUUUUCGACCUGAGGCCGGAAGGAAGGCGAUGAUGAUGACGAGGUCCAACUGGAUAUGUGUAGGGGAACAGUUGCAUACAAAUCCAGGUGCUGUAAUUUUGCAUUUAGAAUUAGGAGAGCAAGCAACAGAUGGAAAUGAGAUGAAUAUAAUUUAUAUUCAAAGCA